CUUUUGUGCGCCGCCCCAGGCAGCCCCGAGCUGUGCCGAGCCGAGCCAGCCGCUGGGAGCCGAGGUGGUGACACCAGCCCCGGCUGGCCCCGCAUGUCCCUCCGCGGGUGACCCCGGGUGGAUGCUUGAGAGAGGAGGAUAAGGCACAAGAGUCUGGGACUGGUGGAAUGGAGGCCUGAUGUAGAUGGAAAGAUGGAUGAAGAAGAAGCUCUGAACUCUAUUAUGAAGGAUUUGGCAGCGUUGGGCAAGUGUGGGGGGCUGCUGGACAACAACAGGAAUAAAAACAGUGUCCACUCCAACAAACAGCAGCGAAGUGUCAGGAUCAAGUUUGAAUAUGAAGGAGAGAAAAGGAUUAUCCAGUUUCCAAGGCCAGUCAAAUUCAAGGAGGUGGUGCAGAAGGUCACGGAUGCUUUUGGACAGACGAUGGACUUGGUCUGUGUGAACAAUGAGCUCCUGAUCCCAUUGAAAUCCCAGGAAGAUUUGGACAAAGCGAUGGAACAGUUGGAGCUGAGCCCUUCCCUGAAGAGCCUGCGGAUCCUUGUGAGCGCUCCAAAGAAAGCGAACCUCCUGCAGCCAAACAACAGCAAGCAGCAUGAGAUGAGGAUCUCCAGAUCCAUGGGUGAUAUCAUGGGAUCCCUGUACAAAGACUCCGAGAGGACACGCAAGUAUUCGACAGGCUCCCUGCACACCGGGCGCAGCUCUCCGCCGCCGGGCAGCGUUCCUGAGGAGCAGCAGCAGAUCGCCCGCCAGGGCUCCUACACCAGCAUCAACAGCGAGGGCGAGUUCAUCCCCGAGACCAUGGAGCAGAACAUGCUUGAAGCUUUCAUCAGCCCCGAUGACUCGCUCUCUGGGAGCUGCCAGUCGCUGGACAGGUCUGUGGACAGCCCUCCCUUUCCCCAAACUCCCGUUCCUGGAAGGAAGAGCCAUCCCAAAGACGGUCUUGAUUGCAUGGAUUUUGACAUCCCGUUCUGUGAGAGGUUUGGGAAAGGUGGCACCUUCCCAAGGCAGUACCAUCUCUCCCAAAGUCGCAAGGACUACAGUGAUGGCCGGAGGACUUUCCCCAGGAGUUACUUCCCACAGGAGAAUCUAUUUCAGCUCGUCCCUUCCAGCAGAACCAAGAGCUUUACUGGGGACAGCAAGCUCAGCACCUUGCAGUAUGAUGAGUACAGGCCCAAGUGUUGGAACAAUUGUGAAAAGGGUCUGCAGGCCUUCAGCACCUCCCCUACGAAAGCCAGGAACUCCCUGCAGGCACCUGUGAACUGGAGGCUGGGGAAGCUGCUGGGAAGAGGAGCUUUUGGGGAAGUUUAUCUCUGCUAUGAUGCUGACACCGGGCGGGAGCUGUCAGUGAAGCAGGUGCCUUUUGACCCUGACAGCCAGGAGACAAGUAAAGAGGUGAAUGCUUUAGAAUGUGAGAUUCAGCUGUUGAAGACUCUCCGUCAUGACAGGAUCGUGCAGUACUACGGGUGCCUGCGGGAUCCUGAGGAGAAGAAGCUGUCUAUCUUUGUGGAAUACAUGCCAGGAGGCUCAAUAAAGGACCAGCUAAAAGCUUACGGUGCUCUGACCGAGAAUGUCACACGGAAGUACACCAGGCAGAUCCUGCAGGGAGUCUUCUACCUACACAGCAAUAUGAUUGUCCACAGGGAUAUUAAAGGUGCCAAUAUUCUGAGAGAUUCUGCUGGAAAUGUGAAACUUGGAGAUUUUGGGGCCAGCAAACGCAUCCAGACCAUCUGCAUGUCUGGGACUGGGAUUAAAUCUGUCACAGGAACACCAUACUGGAUGAGCCCAGAGGUUAUCAGUGGAGAGGGCUAUGGAAGGAAAGCUGAUGUGUGGAGCGUGGCCUGCACCGUGGUGGAGAUGUUAACGGAGAAGCCGCCCUGGGCAGAGUUCGAGGCCAUGGCAGCGAUUUUUAAAAUCGCCACGCAGCCGACCAACCCCCAGCUCCCCGACGGCGUCUCCAGCUCCUGCCGCAACUUCCUCAAGCAGAUCUUCGUGGAGGAGAAGCGGAGGCCGACGGCCGAGGACCUGCUGAGACACCCUUUCGUCAGCUGCGGGCUCUGAGCGCUGGCAGCGGGGAUGGGAAGCGCCGGCGGGAGGCUCGGAGCUGGCCCGGGGCUGGCCCGAGGUCCCUCCUCGCUCGCUGCUGCCCCGGCCCCGCCGCCUUGUUGGAUUUUCAAGCUGCGCUCGGGAUUAUUGGCGCCGGGAAUUGAGAGCGAGGGAUUUCCCGGCCUGCGCGGGUGCUGGACCACGUAACCUCCCUGCUGCCAGCGGUACCGGGGCCGUCCCCCCUCGGCAAGGAACUGCGCUCCUGGGGAAGUGUGGCAAGCGGGAAAUGUCCCCCCGCCGGGGGAAUCGGAUGCUCAGUGGCCAUCACCACCUUUCGCAGAGGAACGGACAGGGCCUUCAGCCAAGCCGGAGGAGAUGAUCCUCAGACCACGGAGUCGGGGGGACCUGGGCGUCCCCGUUCACAAGGGGACCAGCCCCGCUGGAGCAGCUGGCGGCUCCGGCGGGGCGGCGUUUCACACUGUCCUGUGCCUUACGCGGUUACAAUCAAGGAGUGAUGCUCGGCUCGGAUCUGGUGUGAGGAUGCAGCAGCCGUGUUGACUUUGCCUUGGCGUGUGUGUGUGUGCGUGUGUGAGUCUGGGAACGAGGGGGUCUUCUCGGGGUGCAGGAGGUCUCUGCCGGGUACACCCGCGGACGGAUGCCCGGACCCCUGCCACGGGCUGAGGGGUGGUUCAGCGAUGGUGGUGGUGUUUAAAUGCUGUCGAUGGUGGCGGUGGGCAGGGCUGAGCAGCAGCCAGAUUGUGCUGGGAGCCGUCAGGAAUCAGGUGGGAGCUGAAGGGAAUCUCAGCAAGGACGGCUCUGCUCACACCCACAGUUCUGCUGAGCCGUGCCCGUGCUGCUGCGCUGCGGCUGGAGGGAUGCCAUCGUGUUCUGGAAGUGCAGGGAGAGCCCAGUGGAUGCCUGUAAAACCCAAGAGAGUGCCUAAAAUUAGGCAGAGAGGACUGGUGCCUGUGAAUCUGGGUGCGUCCUCCUCCGGGCACCUCCUCCUCUGUGCCUUUUGGACCAUCCCCAGGUACAGGGAAGGGGAGCAUCACUUCUGUGAUGGAGCCCGAGGGAGCAGCUGCAGGACAGUGGAGCCUCAGACUGGGAAAGUGAAGCUGCAGCACUCGAGGGCAGCUGGAAGCAGAUUCCUUCCUGCAGUAGGUUUGAAGUUGUAUGAGAAAACAGGCCAGUCAAAAGCAGAGCUGGGCUACAGCCUCUGACCAGCACUACCCUGCUGGAAAACCUGGGCAGGAAGCAUGCACAGAGUCCCUGGAAGCUAGUUAAUUAAUUAAUGUAUCAGAUCCUGGGGGGUUUGGGAUAAAUAAAUUGUACCAUCCCACCUCACCCUUUUCUGCUGCAUUAGCUGUUUCCACUGACUCAGCAAAUGGUUCAAAAAGCAGGUACCAGGAGGUUCCAUCCUCAGGCCAGUGUGUCAGACACAGGUUUAUUUUAAUGCUGGUUUUCAGUGUAAAUGAAAAAUGUUGCUUAGACUUAAGAGGAAAGUGACAAAUCGGUUGUUUGUGUGAACACAUCCUUGAAUUAUUCCAUGUGGAAGAUAUCAGGAUUUUUGCACUGCUGGUUGUAAUGGUGAAAGCAUGUCCAUUUCCUCAGCUCUGAACAGAGAAACAGGAUUUAGGAGGUUGCCCAGCGUGGCUGUGGAUGUCCCACAGGGUUCAGGGUCAGGGUUGGAUAUGGCUUGGAGCAACCUGGUCCAGUGAAAAAGUGUCCCUGCCUCAUGGCAAGGGGUUGGAAUGAGAUGAGCUCUAAGGUCCCUUCCAACACAAACCACUCCAAAGAUGUUAAGACUUUAAGAGUUCUUUCAGUUAUUAAAAAAUAAACACUGUGAGUAUUAGGGCAAAUAAAAAGAAACACCUAAAAGAAUUCCCUAUAAAUUUGUCUGAAAGCUACCAAGGCCAUUUAUUGCCAGGCCAGGUUCCAGGGAAGCUGGGGGGCAAUGCUGGAGCAGCACCAGGGGUUGUGUCAGUCAGCCAUGGUGGUGAUGGGCAGCUCCCCACAGGGGGGGAAAGAGUCUUCUUUUGCUGAGGGGAAUGAAGAAUUUUAUUCUGUGAAUAGGACCAAAUCCAUCAGUCUGGUCAGUAAUAUGGGAUGGAUGGAAACAAACACAAGGGAAAAAAAUCAGCCUUGUCUGGGAACAGGUUUGGCAGAAGAGGGUAACAAAGUGUGUGUUCACCAAAGCUAAAAAAAAAAAAAAAUCAAAACCAUUUUUAAGCUGUUUUCUCUUCUUUCAUUAAAACUGUUUGGUUUGGGUUUUCUCAGCCCUUGAGUGGUGGGUGGGUGUUUUCCUUCUUUUCAAAGCUUUCAGAGCCAAAGGGGGCUCCUGGCUGCCCCAAAAUGUUCCCAGGGCCCUCAAGCCACCUAACUCCUCCCGUGGAUGGAUGUGGUGAGUGUGAGUGUGUGUGAGUGUGCAUGUGAGACACUCCUCAGGUGCCUUUGCCUUUCUGGUUUGUAAAACCCUUGCAGUCUUCUGAUGUACAGAAUGGAACUAGGAAAAGCAAAUGGAAUUAUUCUGCCAUGUAAAGUCAUUUUCUGUUUGUUUGGUUUGUUUUUAUUUUAUUUUGCCUGUAGCGGACCCUGCAGCUUUCCCUGCGUGCUGCCACAUGUCCACGGAGGAAUUAAUUCCUUUUAGGGUCUGGGCUGGAGCAGGGCAUUGGAACAGGCUGUCCAGGAGAGUGGUGCAAUCACCAUCCCUGGAAGUGUUCAGAAGGCAUGUGGAUAUGGCAUUUGGGAAUGUGGUUUGGUUGGAUUCAAUGAUCUUGGAGGUCUUUUCUAACCUCAGCGAUUCCAUGAGUC